CGGUGCCGUGCGGCGGGGCGAGCGGCGCAGCGGAGGUCGGCCGGCCGGCCGGCUCGGGCCCUUCGUGCAGACCCGAAAAUGGACCCUACCGGUGUGAAGGUGCUGGAAACAGCGGAGGACAUACAAGAGAGACGUCAGCAGGUGUUGGACCGAUACCACAGGUUCAAGGAGCUGUCCACCUUGAGACGCCAGAAGCUUGAAGAUUCCUACCGAUUCCAGUUCUUCCAGCGUGAUGCUGAUGAACUGGAAAAAUGGAUCCAGGAAAAGCUCCAGAUUGCGUCCGAUGAAAAUUACAAAGACCCGACCAAUCUGCAGGGAAAAUUGCAGAAGCACCAAGCUUUCGAAGCUGAAGUACAAGCCAAUGCUGGGGCCAUCGUUAGGCUGGAUGAGACUGGGAACCAGAUGAUUAAGGAGGGGCAUUUUGCAUGUGAAAACAUAAGGACUCGACUUCAGGAGCUUCACCGGUUGUGGGAGUUACUGUUGGAGAAAAUGCGGGAGAAGGGCGUGAAGCUGCUGCAGGCCCAGAAGCUCGUGCAGUAUUUGCGGGAAUGCGACGAUGUGAUGGACUGGAUCAACGACAAGGAGGCGAUCGUCACCUCAGAAGAGCUUGGCCAGGACCUGGAGCAUGUCGAAGUCCUGCAGAAGAAAUUUGAGGAGUUCCAGACAGACCUGGCAGCCCAUGAAGAGAGAGUGAAUGAAGUGAACCAGUUUGCUGGCAAGCUUAUCCAGGAGCAGCAUCCUGAAGAAGAGCUGAUCAAGUCUAAGCAGGACGAAGUCAACGCGAGCUGGCAGCGCCUGAAGGGGCUCGCUCUUCAGAGGCAGGGCAAGCUCUUCGGAGCAGCUGAAGUGCAGCGUUUCAACAGGGACGUGGAUGAAACUAUUAGCUGGAUUAAAGAGAAAGAGCAGCUGAUGGCUUCGGACGAUUUUGGCCGAGAUCUUGCAAGUGUCCAGGCUUUGCUCCGCAAACACGAGGGCUUGGAGAGGGAUCUGGCUGCCCUGGAAGACAAGGUGAAAGCCCUGUGCGUGGAGGCCGACAGGCUGCAGCAGUCCCACCCUCCAAACGCAGCUCAGAUCCAGGUGAAACGGGAGGAGCUGAUCGCAAACUGGGAGCAGAUCCGCACCCGUGCGGCUGAGCGGCACGCUCGCCUGAACGACUCCUACAGGCUGCAGCGAUUCCUUGCAGACUUCCGGGAUCUCACUAGCUGGGUGACGGAAAUGAAGGCUCUGAUCAACGCGGAUGAACUUGCCAACGAUGUGGCGGGAGCCGAAGCCCUGCUGGACAGACACCAGGAGCAUAAGGGAGAGAUCGAUGCUCACGAAGACAGCUUUAAAUCUGCGGAUGAGUCUGGGCAAGCCCUGCUGGCCGCUGGCCACUACGCCUCCGAUGAAGUGCGAGAGAAGCUGACCAUUCUGUCGGAUGAGAGAACUUCCCUUCUGGAGCUGUGGGAGCUUCGUCGGCAGCAGUACGAGCAGUGCAUGGACCUGCAGCUUUUCUACCGGGACACCGAGCAGGUCGACAACUGGAUGAGCAAGCAGGAAGCCUUCCUGCUAAACGAAGACCUUGGCGACUCCCUCGACAGCGUGGAAGCGCUGCUCAAGAAGCACGAGGACUUUGAGAAGUCUCUCAGUGCCCAAGAAGAGAAAAUCACGGCCCUGGAUGAAUUCGCUACAAAACUGAUUCAAAACAACCACUAUGCUAAAGAAGACGUCGCAACACGCAGAGAUGCUCUCCUGAGCCGCCGCAACGCCCUGCACGAUCGGGCCAUGCUUCGCCGUUCCCAGCUUGCAGACUCGUUCCACCUGCAGCAGUUUUUCCGGGACUCCGACGAGCUGAAAAGCUGGGUCAACGAAAAGAUGAAAACGGCCACCGACGAGGCUUACAAGGACCCCUCCAAUCUGCAGGGCAAAGUCCAGAAGCAUCAAGCUUUCGAAGCCGAGCUCUCCGCCAACCAGAGUCGCAUCGACGCCCUUGAGAAAGCCGGGCAGAAGCUGAUCGAUGUCAAGCAUUACGCUUCCGAGGAAGUGGCGGCUCGCAUGCACGAGGUGAUCAGCUUGUGGAAGAAGCUGCUGGAAGCCACCGAACUGAAAGGGAUCAAGCUGCGGGAGGCCAACCAGCAACAGCAGUUUAAUCGCAAUGUGGAAGAUAUUGAGCUGUGGCUGUACGAAGUGGAAGGGCACCUGGCUUCGGACGAUUACGGCAAAGACCUCACAAAUGUUCAGAACCUGCAGAAGAAGCACGCUCUCCUGGAAGCAGACGUCGCUGCCCAUCAGGACCGAAUCGAUGGCAUCACCAUCCAGGCUCGACAGUUCCAGGAGGCGGGACACUUUGAUGCAGACAACAUCAAGAAGAAGCAAGAGGCUUUGGUCACACGCUACGAAGCGCUGAAGGACCCCAUGGUGGCGCGUAAGCAAAAGCUCGCGGACUCGCUUCGCCUGCAGCAGCUUUUCCGCGACGUCGAGGAUGAAGAGACGUGGAUCAGAGAGAAAGAGCCGAUCGCCGCGUCCACCAAUAGAGGCAAGGACCUGAUCGGGGUCCAGAACUUGCUGAAGAAGCACCAAGCCCUGCAAGCAGAAAUCGCGGGCCACGAGCCCCGCAUUAAAGCCGUCACGCAGAAAGGAAAUGCCAUGGUCGAGGAAGGGCACUUUGCCGCCGAGGACGUGAAGGCCAAGCUGGACGACCUGAACCAGAAGUGGGAGUCUUUGAAAGGCAAGGCCUCCCAGCGCCGGCAGGACCUGGAGGACUCCCUGCAGGCCCAGCAGUACUUCGCCGACGCCAACGAGGCCGAGUCUUGGAUGAGGGAGAAGGAGCCCAUCGUGGGCAGCACGGACUACGGGAAGGACGAGGACUCGGCCGAGGCUCUUCUGAAGAAGCACGAGGCCCUGAUGUCCGAUCUCUCCGCCUACGGCAGCAGCAUCCAGGCACUGAGGGAGCAGGCGCAGGCUUGCCGGCAACAAGUAGCUCCCACCGAUGAUGAAACUGGCAAGGAGCUUGUCCUGGCUCUGUACGAUUAUCAAGAGAAGAGUCCCCGGGAGGUCACGAUGAAGAAAGGAGACAUUCUCACCCUGCUGAACAGCACCAACAAGGACUGGUGGAAAGUAGAAGUGAAUGACCGCCAGGGGUUUGUCCCAGCUGCCUAUGUGAAGAAGUUGGACCCCGCACAGUCCGCGUCCCGAGAGAACCUGCUAGACGAGCAAGGCAGCAUCGGAUUGCGGCAGGAGCAGAUUGACAACCAGACUCUCAUAACUAAGGAAGUCGGCAGUGUAUCUCUGCGUAUGAAACAGGUCGAAGAACUGUACCACUCCCUCCUCGAGCUGGGGGAGAAACGCAAAGGCAUGCUGGAGAAAAGCUGCAAGAAAUUCAUGUUGUUCCGAGAGACGAAUGAGCUGCAGCAGUGGAUCAGCGAGAAGGAGGGCGCCCUCACCACCGAGGAGGUCGGAGCAGACCUGGAGCAGGUGGAGGUGCUGCAGAAGAAAUUUGAUGACUUUCAGAAGGACCUGAAAGCCAAUGAGUCACGUCUGAAGGACAUAAACAAGGUGGCCAGUGACUUGGAAUCGGAAGGGCUGAUGGCCGAAGAAGUGCAGCCAGUCCAGCAGCAGGAAGUCUAUGGGAUGCCACGGGAUGAAGGUGAUUCCAAGACAGCAUCUCCUUGGAAGUCUGCAAGACUGAUGGUGCACACCGUGACAACUUUUAACUCCAUCAAGGAGCUGAAUGAGCGCUGGCGGUCGCUGCAGCAGCUGGCGGAAGAACGGAGCCAGCUUUUAGGAAGUGCCCAUGAGGUCCAGCGGUUCCACAGAGAUGCUGAUGAGACCAAGGAGUGGAUCGAGGAGAAGAACCAGGCCCUCAAUACAGACAACUACGGGCACGACCUGGCGAGCGUCCAGGCCCUGCAGCGCAAGCACGAGGGCUUCGAGAGAGACCUCGCCGCACUUGGCGACAAGGUGAACUCCCUGGGGGAGACCGCGGAACGCCUGAUUCAGUCUCACCCCGAGUCGUCGGACGACCUCCAGGAAAAGUGCACUGAGCUGAACCAGGCCUGGAGCAGUCUGGGGAAACGAGCCAACCAGCGCAAGGAGAAGCUGGGGGACUCCCAUGACCUGCAGCGCUUCCUUAGCGAUUUCAGAGACCUCAUGUCUUGGAUCAAUGGCAUCCGCGGGCUGGUCUCCUCCGACGAGCUGGCGAAGGACGUGACUGGAGCAGAGGCCCUCCUGGAGAGACACCAGGAGCACCGCACUGAAAUAGACGCCCGGGUCGGCACCUUCCAGGCCUUUGAGCAGUUCGGACAGCAGCUCUUGGCCCGUGGGCACUACGCGAGCCCGGAGAUCAAGGAGAAGUUGGACAUUCUCGACCAAGAAAGGGCCGACCUGGAAAAGGCCUGGGCCCAGCGCCGGAUGCGGCUGGACCAGUGCCUUGAACUGCAGCUGUUUCACAGGGACUGCGAACAGGCAGAAAACUGGAUGGCUGCCCGCGAGGCCUUCCUCAACACUGAAGAUAAAGGCGAUUCCUUAGACAGCGUGGAAGCCCUCAUCAAGAAACACGAGGACUUCGACAAAGCCAUCAACGUCCAGGAGGAAAAGAUCGCAGCCCUGCAGUCUUUUGCUGACCAGCUGAUCUCGGCUGACCACUAUGCCAAGGGGGUCAUCGCCAGCCGGCGCAAUGAAGUCCUGGACAGGUGGCGUCGGCUGAAAGCGCAGAUGAUCGAGAAGCGGUCCAAGCUGGGAGAAUCGCAGACCCUCCAGCAGUUCAGCCGAGACGUGGAUGAAAUAGAGGCCUGGAUCAGCGAGAAGCUGCAGACCGCAAGCGACGAAUCCUAUAAAGAUCCCACAAAUAUCCAGCUUUCCAAACUCUUGAGCAAGCACCAGAAGCACCAGGCGUUCGAAGCGGAGCUGCACGCCAACGCCGACCGCAUCCGAGGUGUCAUCGACGUGGGGAACUCACUCAUUGACCGAGGCGCCUGCGCAGGCAGCGAGGAUGCCGUCAAGGCCCGCCUGGCUGCUCUGGCUGACCAGUGGCAGUUCCUGGUGCAGAAAUCAGCCGAGAAGAGCCAGAAGCUGAAAGAGGCCAACAAGCAGCAGAAUUUCAACACGGGGAUCAAGGACUUCGACUUCUGGCUCUCCGAGGUGGAAGCACUGCUGGCUUCCGAAGACUACGGGAAGGACCUGGCAUCCGUGAACAACCUCCUGAAGAAGCACCAGUUGCUGGAGGCCGACAUCUCCGCCCACGAGGACCGCUUAAAAGACCUGAACGGCCAGGCCGACAGUCUGAUGACCAGCAGCGCUUUCGACACGUCUCAAGUCAAGGACAAGCGCGACACCAUCAACGGGCGCUUCCAGCGGAUCAAGAACAUGGCCACCACCCGCCGCGCCAAGCUGAACGAGUCCCAUCGGCUGCACCAGUUCUUCCGGGACAUGGACGACGAGGAGUCCUGGAUCAAAGAGAAAAAGCUUCUGGUCAGCUCGGAAGAUUACGGCCGAGACUUAACCGGCGUCCAGAACCUAAGGAAGAAGCACAAGCGCCUGGAAGCGGAACUGGCAGCCCAUGAGCCGGCCAUUCAGGGGGUCCUGGACACGGGGAAGAAGCUGUCCGAUGACAACACCAUCGGGAAGGACGAGAUCCAGCAGAGGCUGGCGCAGUUUGUGGAGCACUGGCAGGAGCUGAAGCAGCUGGCCGCCGCUCGGGGCCAGCGGCUGGAGGAGUCUCUCGAGUACCAGCAGUUCGUAGCUAACGUGGAAGAGGAGGAAGCCUGGAUCAACGAGAAGAUGACGCUGGUGGCCAGCGAAGACUAUGGAGACACGCUUGCCGCCAUCCAGGGCCUGCUGAAGAAGCACGAAGCGUUCGAGACGGACUUCACCGUGCACAAGGACCGCGUGAAUGAUGUCUGCGCGAACGGCGAGGAUCUCAUCAAGAAGAACAACCACCAUGAGGAGAACAUCACUGCCAAGAUGAAGACCCUGAGGGGCAAAGUGUCCGACCUGGAACGGGCAGCGGCCCAGCGGAAGGCCAAGCUGGACGAGAAUUCUGCCUUCCUCCAGUUCAACUGGAAAGCUGACGUGGUGGAGUCUUGGAUCGGCGAAAAGGAGAACAGCCUCAAGACAGACGACUAUGGAAGAGAUCUCUCUUCUGUGCAAACGCUCCUCACCAAACAGGAAACCUUUGACGCUGGGCUCCAGGCCUUCCAGCAGGAAGGCAUUGCCAACAUCACCGCCCUGAAGGACCAGCUGCUGGCGGCCAAGCACGUCCAGUCCAGGGCCAUCGAGGCCCGCCACGCCGCCCUCAUGAACCGCUGGAACCAGCUGCUCGCCAAUUCCACCACCAGGAAGAAGAAGCUCCUCGAGGCCCAGGAGCACUUCAGAAAGGUUGAAGAUCUGUUCCUGACCUUCGCAAAGAAGGCGUCGGCCUUUAACAGCUGGUUCGAGAACGCCGAGGAGGACCUGACGGACCCCGUGCGGUGCAACUCGCUGGAGGAGAUCAAGGCGCUGCGCGAGGCCCACGAUGCCUUCCGUGCCUCGCUCAGCUCCGCCCAGGCCGAUUUCAACCAGUUAGCUGAGCUGGACCGCCAGAUCAAAAGCUUCCGCGUCGCCUCGAACCCGUACACCUGGUUCACCAUGGAGGCCCUUGAGGAGACCUGGAGGAAUCUGCAGAAAAUAAUCAAGGAGCGCGAGUUAGAACUGCAGAAGGAGCAGCGAAGGCAGGAAGAGAAUGACAAGUUGCGGCAGGAGUUUGCCCAGCACGCCAACGCUUUCCACCAGUGGAUCCAGGAGACCAGGACCUACCUGCUCGAUGGAAUAGCGUACCGCCGUGUCAUUCGUGUCUAUCAGUAUGAAGUUGGGGAUGAUCUGUCCGGAAGGUCUUGUAUGGUGGAAGAAUCAGGAACUCUGGAGUCGCAGCUGGAAGCAACUAAACGCAAGCACCAGGAGAUCCGGGCGAUGAGAAGCCAGCUGAAGAAGAUCGAGGACCUGGGAGCGGCUAUGGAGGAAGCUCUUAUCCUGGACAACAAGUACACCGAGCACAGCACCGUUGGGCUCGCCCAGCAGUGGGACCAGCUCGACCAGCUCGGGAUGCGGAUGCAGCACAAUCUUGAACAGCAAAUACAGGCGAGGAACACCACCGGCGUCACCGAAGAAGCCCUCAAGGAGUUCAGCAUGAUGUUCAAGCACUUCGACAAGGACAAGUCCGGUCGGCUGAAUCACCAGGAAUUUAAAUCCUGCCUGCGUUCUUUAGGCUAUGAUUUGCCAAUGGUGGAGGAAGGCGAACCAGACCCGGAGUUUGAGGCUAUACUCGACACCGUUGACCCUAACAGGGAUGGGCACGUCUCGCUGCAGGAGUACAUGGCGUUCAUGAUCAGCAGGGAGACGGAGAACGUGAAAUCCAGCGAGGAGAUCGAGAGCGCCUUCCGUGCCCUCAGCUCGGAGGGCAAGCCCUACGUGACCAAGGAGGAACUCUACCAAAAUCUCAGCCGGGAACAAGCAGAUUACUGCAUCUCUCACAUGAAGCCCUACAUGGACAGCAAAGGCAGAGAGCUCCCCUCUGCCUACGACUACAUCGAGUUCACACGCUCGCUCUUUGUGAACUGAUUCCCGGCACGAGCUCGCUCAGUAGGGACCCGAACCCCGUGCUCGCGUCUUCCGCUUCGUAGCUCUCUGCAUGUGUCCGCUGUUAUGCACAGAAGUAACCUAUGUUAUCUUUCCGAUGUAACCUCCAAUCCGCUUCGCUUACACUCUGUUCUUAGUACGAGGAGCCAAGCUUGUUGCCGUGUGCUUCAAUAAAAGUUGCUAGCCCAAGUGA